GUCCUCUGGUUCGGAGCAGGUUGGAAGAUGGCUCUCUACGUGCAUCAUUUCUUGCUAGCCCUGCUUCUGGGAGCUAACGUGCUCAUCAGCGUUCACGCUCAAGAGGCGGCAGUGUCCGAGACAUGGACUAGCAGGUCCUGCAAAUGUGAUUGUGAAGGAGAUGAAUCCCAGACGCAGUCUUCCUCCAUUGGGGCCGGCUCUUCCAUGGUGGACUGCAUGCCAGAGUGUCCGUACCACAAGCCUCUGGGCUUCGAGGCCGGGUCAGUGAGUCCAGACCAGAUCACCUGCUCCAACCAGGAACAGUACACCGGCUGGUUCUCCUCGUGGCUCCCGAGCAAGGCCCGGCUCAACACUCAGGGCUUCGGCUGUGCCUGGCUGUCUAAAUUCCAGGACAGCGCUCAGUGGUUGCAGAUUGACCUGAGGGAGGUGAUGGUGGUCUCGGGGAUCCUCACCCAGGGCCGCUGUGACGCUGAGGAGUGGAUCACCAAGUACAGCGUUCAGUACCGCACGGACAAAACACUCGGCUGGAUCUUUUACAAAGACCAGACUGGCAACAACAGGGUGUUUUACGGUAAUUCUGACCGUGCCUCGUCCGUGCAGAACCUGCUGCGGCCGCCCAUCGUGGCGCGCUACAUCCGCAUCCUCCCCCUUGGAUGGCACACACGCAUCGCACUGCGCAUGGAGCUGAUGCUCUGCAUGAACAAAUGCAUCUGAAAGCUCUCCUCCCCACCAAGGCCCCCCCCCCCCCCCCACACACACACAAAACAAUCUUCUAUCUAUACCUAAGUCGUUCGAUUGUGUGGUCUGUUAUUAUAUCCACAGCUGUGUCCUCCUCCAGCUCCCCGUGUAGAACCACAAGGUGAAGAUACAAAGACAACAGUUUGACUGAUCUAAUUUAAAUGUGUGUUCGAUAUGCUCAAUGAGCUUCAUUCACUCCUCUCUCCAUUGUCUGUGUUCAAUCGGUCUCAUACCAGGGGGGCUUUUAUUUGGUGAGUUCUCAAUAGAUUGUUGCAAUGAAUUUUGCAAUGAAAUGGCAUAAAUUCAAAGCAAUAAUUAGGCAUGGAGAGGGAGAGGCGGCGUUGCCAUGGAGGUUGUAUUCAACGGCCUGAGACAAGCUCUUCCAAAACAUUUGUGUCCUCCUGUAAAAUGUUAUCGGCUUCUCCUGAUAUUUAAGAAUAAACAGGAACCUCUUUUCCUUACAUCCCCUGAAAGAUGAGGCUGGUGAUAGUCUACAUGUUUCUUACUGUCAACAAAUCCCAAAACCAGCAAUGAGUUCAUCCCAACAACAAGUAUUGUUUGUGUGAGCAGAGACAUUUAUUUUGUAUUAUUCCCCAGCACUAUUAGAAACACAUUGUUGCAUGUAUGUGACAUGUGCCUUCACUACAAAGAACACAGGAACUGUAGUUUAUAAAAGUGUGUGAUUGUGGCCCCUCUGGUUUGAAUGGUCUCGUGUUCGAGUGCCACAGACCAAAUAAAGAAGCAAGAAAGAGAAAAAGACGCUUUAAUUGUGGUCCUUUUAAUGAUAUUGGUUGAUAAUAAGAAAUGUGGAAUAAUGUCAGACUUUUUCUUUAAAUACGUCUGUAUUUCACUUCUUCUCCUCUUUCCUGUGUGUAACAACUUACAUGUCUACUCAUCACUGUUGUAUAAAGGUCGAGGGAUGGAAAAUUCACUACUGUUCAGAUAUGGGUUCUGUAUUGUGUUUAACCCCUGAUUUCUGUUUGUAACAUUUCAAUUCAGUUUCUCGUGAUACUUUGGGAAUAUGAUGCAGCGUCUUAUUUACUCUGAAGAUGUGUCCUUUAUUGUAUCUGGAAAACAUUUCCCUGAUUAAAAUGUGUACUGUGUACUAA